CAAAAUAUUUUCAGUGAGUGCGUUUCAAGUUCACUAAUUGCUUGUAAUUAUCUAAUUUAUAAGCUAUUAGGGCGGUAUUUAGUGACUCCAAUCAGUUGCACAUCUCCUGGCCAGUGUGAGGACGAUGGAAAAUCACUGAGAAGCGUGCUGAGAAGGCAUUUUAUCCAGGCGGUUUACUUGAUGCCAAAAACCUCUUGUUGCAUUUUCUCAUAAUUGCUGUAGUUCUGGUGGAAAAACUGCGUUGAUCGAAAUAUUCGGCGAAAUGGCAACGGAAUUCGAGGGAAUUCCGAGUGAUUUGGCCGACGGCGCCUCAAAAGACGGUCCAGAAGCACAGAAAAAAGAUGAAGAGAAUGGAUCUGAGAUAGUACUUCACAUUCCUAUCAAGUCUCACGAAAGUGGAAGCGAAAAUGAUCGGCACUUUCCGGAUAUCUCUGAGCAGAUCAAUCCCAUGUCGCCGCUGAAGGCGGUGCAAAUGUCUGGAGAGCAUGAAACUCUCCUGAGUGACGACGAGACGCCCAAGAUUCUGACGGAACUGGAGCCGGUGAAGAAGAAGCAGGAAUCCGCUGAGAUAGACGAGCAGCAGGAAAAUAGCGAAGAGAAGGAAGAUGUGGAGGCACAGGAAGAUCCUGAGUCGAUUGCCAGGAAGCAAUUGGAGACCCUAAACACUCUACAUCGUCGAAAGGGGCGUCCCAAGGCGGACGAGCCACGGGCGAUUGACGUCCUAAAGGCUAACGCCUCGAAGAAGAUCCAAAUCCUGGAGAAUCGUGUUUUGCCCUCAGCUGAUGACUUGAUUUCGGGCCUAAGGAACAUCAACAGGCAAUCACGAUCGUUGCACAGCAACAUUCUGACCAGAGAGGAGCUCACAAGGGAGAUCAUCCAGAAGUGCCGCAAGUCUUCGACAUCUAUCGAGAAAGUGUCGCAGAAGAGCGUGCCGAAGCGUCGAGAGGAGUUCUCUGGGACCAUUGAAAUCCCCCAGGAGUUGAUUCUCAGCGCCGAAGACACAACGCCGCUGCUCGUGCAGGAGAGCGAGAGCCUCGAGGGAGAGGAUUUGCUGGCCAUUCUCGAGGGAGACGAUGAAGAUGGCCAGUCGACCAGCAUUUACGAAGUGCAGUCGCAAGUUCCCGCCAAGAGUGACGAUAAUAUGCGCGUGGAGGAGUUCACUAUCUCUCUGAUCACGGAUCCGGCCAAGAAGAAGGAGAUGGACAAGGAGCGCGAGGUGGAAAUCGCCAUGAAGCAGAUCAUGAGCUUGCCUGUGAAGCCCAAAGGGCGCCGACCAAGGAAAACCGAGAGCAAUAAUUCUGUGAAGCAGGAAGAGGAGAAGCCCAGAGUUUCAGCGUCUGAUCUUGUGAGUUCUCUCGUUUCGGAUUGGAGUGACAAUGAGGAUAAGGCCGACGAACUAAUGGUGAGUUCAGUGCAAGGUGAGACUCCUGAGACAACUGUGGAGGUUGUCGUGAGUUCUGCGCAGUCUAGUGCGCCUCCAGUGCCACUGAAGAGUUCCAGAAUCAUCAAGAAGAAGGUGAUCUGGGAUCCAGAUGCGCCAGAGACGCAAUUCUCCUACGCCAGCAAGGUGCAAAGCAAGCGUCAACAGCCCAAAGUGCUGGUAGUGGAGGAAAGAUCAUCAGUGCUGCCCACGAAGAACGUCAAGAGAUCGCCAGAGGUGCAGCCGAGGGCGUCCGGAGGCAAGAAGCGGAAGCUGACGGAGAUAGACAAGCUCCUGGGCGACGAGGGAGCUGUGAAUAUGAUCUACUCACUGGAGCGGGAGAAUAACAAUCAGGACGUGCCUGAGAUUGUGACGAAGCCGGACAAGAAUCAAAUGGUGUCCAAGUACAAGGAGAAGAACGCUCUGGUAGAGCGCGCCAGAGCGGUGAAGAAGGUGGUGAUCAAGCAGAUGGAUUCGGGCACGCCACGUGGACGGCCGAAACGAGAGGCGACGUCUGUCCAGGUUUCUCCACCCACGCCGGCCAAGAAGACGCCGACGAAGAAGCGCACUUCGGCCAGAGAUUCGAGCUCAGCGUCGGAGUCUUGGGAUUACAUCUACUCGACGCCUCAGGGCGAUGACUCAAUGAUCAUCCGACGGCGCUCCAACAGCUCCUACUCGGGCAGCACGACCAGCCCGCGCAGGUUGAGUAUAGAUCAGCACAACUUUGAGUUCGCGAAGCCCGUGGACAAGAAGACGCCGAAGAUGGAUCCCAACGCUGCCCAGAAUCUCGUGGCGGAACUUAAAGGGAAGCUGAAUCAGGCCAUCAGUCGCGGCGUGACCAUCCGAAAUGCUGAGGUAAGACUCAAUCCCGUGGUGAAGAUCGUGAAGGAUGUUUCGGUGAAGCUGCGCGCGAGCGAGAGGAAACUGGGCAAUGUGGAGUUUAAGGAGCUCACGAUCAGGCGCUACGAUAACUUCGUCCAGGUGAUCUUCUCGUCGACUUUCGGGACGCUGAAGAAUGUCCUGACAAUUGGGCUUCUGAGGGAAGUCAAGACUGCCUUAAAUAUCUUGAAAGAAGACUCCAAAACCAAAUUGGUCCUCGUGACGUCUUCCGGUAACAAUUUCUGCCAAGGAAUCGACUUCUCAAGCCUCAUUCAAUCGAGUGCCGACAAGAGGAAAUCAGCCGCUCAGCAAUUGUCAACAGCCCUGAUGGAAUUCCUUGACGCUCUGUCGAUAUUCCCAAAGCCCCUCCUGGCGGGAGUUCAUGGCACUGCGAGCGAUUUGGGAGUGACAAUGCUGCCGCUGUUUGACGUCGUUCUCUCGAGCGAGGCGGCGACUUUCAGGACGAACUAUGCCAAAAUCGGGCAGAUUCCCGAGGCAAAUGCCGCACUUAAUCUGUCUGGGAAAGUUUCAGCCAAAGGGAUCACUCUUCUGCUUUUCCUCUGCGAGACGUUGUCGGCAAGACAAGCGUGUGACUUCGGCUUGGUGACAAAGACUCUGUGGCCGGACAACUUCCAGGAUCUCCUGAUGGAAAAUGCCAAGACUGUGUCGUCCUAUUCUCUGCAGGCACUGGAGGCUAUCAAGGCGGAAUCGAGACGAAAUUUGGCGGCAAAUAUCAGUGAAGCGCUCGCGGAGGAGCACAAAAUCCUCAUCCAACAUUGGAUCAGUACUGAAUGUCAGGAGAAAUUCAAGAAGUUUCUCAAUAAUGAGGAAUGGUAAAUGGUUAAGACUCGGUAAUUUUUCUUCUUAAUU